GUUUUUUGUUUUUUUUUUUUUAGGUACGUGUGUCAAAAUCUAUUGUGGAAUGGAGGGAUUAACAAAUAAAGCUGGGAUGAAGGUGGUCGCCAUUUUGUAAUAUUAGUGAAGCUCAGAGCUUGGAGGUUGGAAUGCAAUGCCGGUGCUGUCCAAUUGAUCUCUCUGUCAUCUGCGGGUCAGUCAAUUAUUCGUUUUCUGCUUCUUAUUAUGGAAUCUGAACCCUUAAAUUUGGCAAACGAUGCAAUGGAAGACAACGAUAGUUCGGGGUUGGAUUUAGAACAACAGUGUGAGCUAGAACCCUACGAGGGCAUGGAAUUUGAAUCCGAGCAAGCUGCUAGGAUUUUCUACAAUUCCUAUGCCCGCAGACUUGGAUUCGGCACUCGGGUCAGUGCUUAUAGACGUUCCCUUCGUGAUAACACUAUUACUACCCGUCAUUUGGUCUGUUCAAAAGAGGGCUUUAACCCUAAGCCUGAUAAUGCCAAGCGUCGACAGCGAAUUGUCUCUAGGGUCGGCUGUAAGGCUCACUUGGCUCUAAAGAAACAGGCUUCUGGUAAGUGGGCUGUCAGUAAGUUCGUCAAAGAACAUAAUCAUGACCUCGUACCCCCUGAUCAAGUCCAUUUGAUUCGAUCGCAUAGGCAUAUUUCCGGUCCUGCCCGCAGCUUGAUUGAUACCCUCCAAGCUGCUGGUUUGGGUGCUACUGGUGUUAUGUCUGUCCUAAUAAAGCAAUCUGGUGGGAUUAGUAAUGUUGGUUUCACAAAAGCUGAUUGCCAGAAUUAUAUGAACCAGAGCAGGCAGAGGACUCUAGGGAGCAGUGCUCAAUAUAUCUUUGACAAUUUGAAGCAGAAGCAGGCGGAGGAUCCUGAUUUCUUUUAUGCUGUUCAAGGUGGUUCAUCGGGGAACAUCUUUUGGGCCGACUCAACCUCCCGAAGGAAUUACUCUUAUUUUGGAGAUACAGUUACAUUUGAUACCGCUUAUAGGACUCACCGAUACAGGGUGCCCUUUGCACCAUUUAUAGGAGUAAACCAUCAUUGUCAGCCAGUUUUAUUUGGUUGUGCUCUGCUUCUAAAUGAAUCAGAGUCAUCAUUCAUUUGGCUAUUCCAAAAUUGGCUUGCUGCAAUGUCUGGUCGCCAUCCUGUUUCAAUAACUACAGACCAUGAUAGGAUCAUCAGGUCAGCUAUUGUAGACGUAUUUCCAGGCGCUCGUCACCGCUUCUGCAAAUCCAAUAUUUUUAGAGAAGCACAGGAAAGGCUCUCGCACUCACUCCAGUCAUUUCCCACUUUUGAAGCAGAAUUCCAGAAAUGUGUCAACUUGACUGAGACAAUUGAGGAGUAUGAGUUAUGCUGGGGAUCCCUACUUGGAAGAUACAACGUCAUAGAUGAUGAAUGGCUUCAGUCAAUGUACGAUGCUCGACAACAAUGGGUUCCAGUUUACCUUCAAGAUACAUUCUUUGGGGAGACAUCUAUUGCUAAAACCAGUGAUAAUACAAACUCAUACUUCGAUGGAUUUAUAGAUGCAUCAACUAACAUUCACGUCCUGAUGAGUCAGUAUGAAAAAGCUACUGCAAACAGGCAUGAGAAGGAGGUGAAGGCAGAGUAUGAUACCAUAAAUAUUGCUCCUAUUUUGAAGACCCCAUCUCCAAUGGAAAAGCAAGCAGCUAACAUUUAUACUAGGGAAAUAUUUUUGAUGUUCCAACAAGAACUAAUGGAGACGCUGGCUUAUCCUGCAACUGUAAUUAAAGAUACAGGAUCAGAUGUAAUAUAUCAAGUGGCAAAGUUUGGAGAGGACCAUAAAGUUAACUAUGUCCAAUAUAAUGUCUUUGAGAAGAAAGCUAGCUGUAGUUGCCAAUUAUUUGACUUUUCAGGUAUUCUUUGUAGGCACAUUUUAGCUGUUUUUAGAGUGAAAAAUGUUCUGAGGCUUCCAUCUCAUUAUGUACUGAAACGUUGGACAAGAAAAGCCAAGAGUGAUAUUGUAUUGGAUGAAGACAAACUUGGAUCGCCAAGUAGUCAUAACAACUCCUUCACUGAUCGUUUUGAAAAGUUAAACCUAGAAGCAACUAAAUAUGUCAAAGAAGGAGUGGAUUCGAAAAAUGUUUACCUUGUUGCUAUGGAUGCUCUACGUGAAGCUUCCAAGAAGGUUGCUGCUGCUGUGUACGGUACUCCAGCAUUACCACUGAAUCAAGACAUGAACAAAGCAAAGGAUUUCAACUUAAAUGGAAAUCAAACUGGUUGUGAUGACUCCAGCUUGCUGAGUCAAGAUGAGAGAAUUCAGGAAUUGACGGCUGCUGUGGUAAAUGCGUCUGAGAUCUGUGAAGCUUAUCGAACAAAAUUGUUGAGUAUUUUGAGAGAACUGGAGGAGCAGAAGCUGAGAAUAUCUUUGAAGGUACAGAAUAUGAGGCUUAAUCGAAUAGCUUGAGCUAUAGAAGGCACUUCAAAUUCUUUGUAUAUAUAGUGGGUAUGUUGUUGUUGUAUACACCACCAGUGGAGAAACUUGUGACUCGCAAAUAUCUGGAGCACUUUUUGCCUCGGGAUUGCACGUGUAUCGUUCGUCUUGCUAUGGAGGAAGGAUUCCAAUGUAUGUAUAUGGUUGAAUUAGAUCUGACCCAAGAGCUGUAUUUAAGUAAAGGGGUAAAUAGGUGUUGUACUUGUUAAGAAUUGCUUUUGUAUCUGCUAAGCGGCCUUUGUUCUUUGUAUGUGAGUUGUCGAUUAAUGUCGA